AUGCGGGACUACAGCCAGGUGCCAAGCGUGCUCAAGCGACCUCUGCGCAUGCCGCGGCGUCGCCUCAGCGUGCGUCGACGACAGGCUAUUUUAGCUGUCAUCGCCAUUCUGUGCCUGUGUGUACUUUCGUUUAUGUAUUUUCUCUCGACAUCGCCGGUAAACGAGCACAGAAAGUUCUCUGAUAUACCAUCCAAGCCAUGGUUUACCGCAGAGGAGAACGCAACGCGUUUUGCACAAGUCGUACAGGGCCGCACCCCUGGGACAACAUGGCGGGAUGCUACCUUCAACAUGAUUCUUUCCCUCUCAAAGUCUGGCGACACCGUGUACAUGACACCCACCAACUAUACUCGCUAUCGUCGCACCACUGAUGGCAACCCUGGUGACUUCCGCAAGUGGGAAUCCAUCUACCGGCCUGGCGACAGGUACCACGUCCCUGCCUGGGCCACACCGGCGGACCGUGCCACGCUGCACCACGCGUCCAUCUUCGUUUCACUAGCCUCGUUUCGCGACCAUGAGUGCGCGCUGACGCUGCGCAACCUGUUCGAUAUGUCUGCUUCGCCGCACCGCCUCUACGUUGGCGUGAGUGAGGAGCGCCGCUCAUCGGAUGCAAGCUGCCUCUCGAGACUUGGCAUGGACGACCUGGAGAGUGGCGAGACGCGGCGUGUGCUGUACGGCGCGGAGGCACCGGCCUCGCUUGGUGUAGAGGUGCGUACAUUGACGUGGGCGGACGUGCUCGCGCCGCGGCGGCUGCUGGACGUGGAUGCGGUGCUGAGCACGCCCGCCGUUAGUGCUGAAGGGAUUGGCGUGGAGCCCGAUGGGGUGUUUGUGCAUCCGGCGCACGCUGCAGAGCGCGUGUUGUGCGUUGCCGGUGAGUUGGAGACGGCGCGCGAUACGCUACUAAUAGGGGAGGAGGACGCGAAGAGCGCCAUCGCUGGCCAGUCUGUUUUUCGGAAAGGACGUGGGGGGCCACAGCAGCAGCCGUCGCGCGCGCUGGCUGGGUGCCGUGUGACGACGCGCGUGACGGAUGCUUCACACGCUCGAGGACCGACGUUUGGGCGCUACAUCACGAGUCUCUUCUUCUUCAACCAGGACUACUUCAUGGUGGUGGACAGUCACACACGGUUUUCUGUGGACUGGGACAUGAAGCUGAUAACGCGCGUGUUCCAGCUGCCGACGCGCGGUGUGCUGUCGAACUACCCGAACGGGUACCGCGAGGGGCAUGACCGUGAGGAAUUCGAGAAGACGGACAUUAUGUUCAUGUGCACAGCGCAGGUGCUCAGCAACGGGAUGCCGAAGCUUGGUGCGCGGUGGAUGCCUCUCUCGCCGCGCCCAGUCCUGCAGGGCUUUGCCGCUGCGGGCUUCAUGUUUGGUGAUGCGCAGUUCACGCUGGAUACGCCGUUCGACCCGUUCCUGCCGUACAUGUUCGACGGUGAGGAGGUGCUGUACUCUGCGCGGAUGUGGACUGCCGGGUGGGACUUGUAUGGGCCCGGGCAACCAGACGUGUUUCACCACUACUCACGGCCGAAUACGCCGAAGUACUUUGGGAUCAUGACGCCAAAGGAGGCUGCGCGGCGUUUGCUAUCAGAGAAACGGACGCUGUACCUGCUACGGCGCGCACAACCGUGGAUGGAGGAGCUUGUGCAUCGCGGCUACGUGAGCCCUAACGGGCAGUCGACGCUGAAGCCGCUGCCGUCGGCUCCACCACCGGAGACGCGGCUGAUCGUGACCGAUGAAGUCGCUUCCGCGACUCGCGAGAUCAACGUGUGGUCGAAAUACUACGGGAUGGGUGCAGAACGGUCGGUGUCUUCGUAUUGGCAGUACACGGAGCUGUCGGAUGAAUUUGUAAAGACGAAGGACAACGAGAACCGGUGGAUGGGCGGGAUUGGGUUGUGCGAAAAGGGCGCGGCCUUGGUGUAA